CUGAAUCGGAUCGGCACUGGAAGACAGAAGAUGUCAGGAGAUCUUGUAGCUGUGUGGGACGUGGCUUUGAGUGAUGGUGUGCACAGGAUUGAAUUUGAACAUGGCACAACCACAGGCAAGCGGGUCAUUUACAUUGAUGGAAAGGAAGUCAUUAAGAGAGAUUGGAUGUUCAAACUGGUUGGAAAAGAGACUUUUCAUGUGGGUGAUACAAAUACAAAAGCCACUAUUAACAUAGAUGCAGUGAGUGGCUUUGCAUACGAGUACACUCUCGAGAUUAACGGACAGAGCCUGAAGAAGUAUAUGGAGAAUCGCUCCAAAGUUACCAGCACAUGGCUCCUCAACCUUGAUGGCAUCGACUGCAGAGUGGUUCUGGAGAAAGAUACCAUGGAUAUAUGGUGUAAUGGGCAGAAAAUGGAAACAGCUGGUGAGUUUGUUGAUGAAGGCACAGAGACGCAUUUCUCUCUGGGCGACCAUGACUGCUGCAUUAAGGCUAUGAGCAGCGGCAAGAGACAAGAUGGCAUCAUUCACACGCUGCUGGUGGAUGGCAUGGAAAUCUCAGAGUCAGAGGGAUCUGUGUGAAUGAGUGUGUGAGUGUGUUUGGAUUAUCCAUUAUCCAUUGAAUUAUACGUCAUGAGAAGUGAAUAUACAGUCAGGUCCAUAUAUAUUUGUACAUGGCACAAUUUUUAUUUAGCCGUUGACCAAAACAUAUUCAAGUUACAGGUAUAUAAUGAAUAUGGGCAAAGUGCAAACUCUCAGCUUUAAUUUGGGUGUAUUGUCAUAAAAAUUGGAGGGAAGGUUCUUUGAUGUGUACCACCUUUUUCAAGGGACCAUAAAUAUUUGGACAGUUGACUCAAAAGCCAUUUCAUGGGCAGGUGUGGGCUAUUGCUUCACUAUUUCUACAACAGUUAAGAAAAGUAAAAGCAAGGUGAAAGGUCUGGAGUUGAUUCUAAGUGUUCCAUUUUCAUUUCUAAGAUGUUGCUGUGUACCUACAUCAUGCAGUCAAAGGAGCUCUCCAUUCAAGAUAAACAGACAAUUGUUAGGCUUCAAGAACAAAACAAAUCCAUCAGAGAGAUAGCAGGAACAUUCAGAGUGACCAAAUCAACAGUUUGCCUGGACGUCUAUGCAGGACGACAGUUGUGGAUGAUCAGAGGAUCCUCUCCAUGGUAAAGAAAAGCCCUUUCACAACAUCCAGCCAAGUGACUAACACUCUCCCAGGUGUAGGCGUGCCACUUUCUAAGUCUACAAUAAAAAAAAAGACUUCAAAUGAGCAAAUACAGAGGAUUCAUCACAAGGUGCAA